AUGAGAGGCAGGAAAUACAGGAAUAGCGUCAGACCAAACCGGGUCACUGGUUCAGGUUUUUGGAAAGCUACCGGUAUUGAUAAACCGGUUUACUCCAAUCUUGAGUGUGUUGGUCUCAAGAAAUCCCUGGUUUACUACCUUGGUUCAGCCGGUAAAGGCACCAAAACCGAUUGGAUGAUGCAUGAAUUCCGCCUCCCCUCUACCACAAAAACCGACUCGCCAGCUCAAGCUGAGGUAUGGACACUAUGUAGAAUCUUCAAACGAGUCACACUUCAAAGAAACCCUACCAUUGUACCACCAAACCGAAAACCGGUUAUCACCUUAACCGACUCGUGUUCUAAAACAAGCAGCUUAGAUUCCGAUCACACCAGCCACCACGUCGUAGAUUCCUUGUAUCACAAGCUACACGAGCCGCAACCGCCUCAACCGCAAACGCAAAAUCCUUAUUGGAACCAAAAUACGGUUAAUUUCAAUCAACCGACAUAUACAUGUAAUGAUAACAACUUCCUGACUUUUUGGAACACCAAUGGUGGAGAUUUCAUCGGAGACUCAGCGAGUUGGGAUGAACUUAGAUCUGUUAUAGAUGGCAACAACACUAAGCCCUAA